AUGCCUUCUCACGUUCACGAAAUUGGCAAAGUCCAUCGAAUCGCCUGCAUUCCAGGUGACGGCAUUGGCGUGGACAUUACGGAAGCAGCCGUCCAGGUCCUCACCAAGCUAUCAGAGGUCAUGGGAGGAUUCCAGUUCGACUUCACCACGUUCGACUGGUCAUCAAAGAAGUACCUCGAGCGCGGCUGGUACAUGCCGCCUGACGGCAUCGAGCAGCUCAAGAAGUUCGACGCUAUCUACUUUGGUGCCGUUGGCUGGCCAGACGUCCCAGACCACAUCUCCCUCUGGAACCUGAUCCUACCCAUUCGCAAAGAGCUCAACCAGUAUGUCAACAGGCGACCCAACAGGAUUUUUGAGGGUACCAAAAGCCCGCUGGAGGGGUGCCAAGUUGGCGACCUGGACUGGAUGUUCAUCCGCGAGAACAGCGAGGGCGAGUACUCUGGCCAGGGCGGUGUCAGCAACGAGAGUGCACCACACGCCAUGGCCACCGAAAUCACCGUCUACACACGCGUAGGGACAGAACGCAUCAUGCGCUUUGCCUUCGAGACUGCGCGCUCUCGGCCAAAGAAGCAUCUCAUCCUCUGCACAAAGUCGAAUGCAAUGAGGCACGGCAUGGUGUUUUGGGACAAGAUCUUCUACGAGAUCGCCAAGGAGUACCCAGACGUCAAGACAGAGAAGAUGCUUGUUGAUGCCAUUACCGUUCGCAUGGUCUUGCAUCCCAAGUCAAUGGACACAAUUGUGGCGACCAACUUGCAUGCAGACAUUCUGACCGAUCUGGCUGCAGCCUUAUCCGGCGGUAUCGGUAUUGCACCGUCCAGCAAUCUUGACCCUACACGAACCAACCCUUCUAUGUUCGAGCCUAUUCACGGAUCUGCGCCAGAUAUUGCCGGCAAGGGCAUUGCGAACCCGGUCGGAGCCUUCUGGAGUGCAGCUGAGAUGGUUCGGUGGGUUGGCGAAGAGCAGGGAGCCGAUGCUCUCAUGAAAGCUGUAGAAAACGUGACGGCAAGAGGUGUCAAGACCAAGGAUCUGGGCGGCAGCGAGAGCACCAAAGGCGUUACCGACGCUGUGUGCAAGGAGAUCAAGGCUCUGUUUGGUAGCUCCUAG